AGCCGCUGACCUGAGUCCUGGGGUGACAUGCUCCAGCUCCUCAGCAACCAAGAUGCUGACUUUCCAGGCCUGUUCGACCCGCCCUAUGCUGGGGGCGCAGACCCUGCGCGUCCCGAAGCCCGCUCCUCUCCACCGCGUGCCACUAUGAGCUCCCCACUGGAAGGCUUUCUGGGGGGGGCCAAGGCCAUCCCCCCACUGUUGUCCCCUCCCCAGCCUGCGUCCGCACUGAAGAUGUACCCACCUGGGCCUGCCUUCUCCCCCGGGCCUGGGAUCAAGGAGGAGCCAGUGCCACUGACCAUCCUGCAGCCGCCCACCCCACAACCGCUGCCAGGGGCCCUCCCGCCCCAGAGCUUUCCGGCCUCAGCCCCACUGCAGCUCACCUCGAGCCCCAGCCCUGGGCCGGGCUAUCCCAGCCCCGCUGGAGGCUUUUCCGCAGGGACCCCUCCAGGGAGCACCCCACAGCCUCUGCCUGGCUCGCCGGGGGGCCCACCAGUCUCCGUGCACGCCCAGGUUCAGACUGCAGCCCCCCAGCCACUGUUGACAGCCACAGCCCCCACCACAGUGGCCCCUGGAGCAGCCACUGUGACCUCACAGAUCCAGCAGGUCCCGGUCCUGCUGCAGCCCCACUUCAUCAAGGCCGACUCGCUGCUCCUGACGGCCGUGAAGGCAGACCUGGGAGCCCCUGCGAAGGCGGCGGGUGUUGGCUCCCUGGCCGCUGGCACGGCUGUGCAGACCGGGCCCUUGCAGACCCUGGUGAGUGGCGGGGCCAUCCUGGCGACAGUGCCGCUGGUCGUGGACGCUGACAAGCUGCCCAUCAGUCGGCUGGUGGCCAGUGGGAAGGCCCUGGGUGCGGCCCAGAGCCGCGGCGAGAAGCGAACAGCCCACAAUGCGAUUGAGAAGCGCUACCGCUCCUCCAUCAAUGACAAGAUCAUCGAGCUCAAGGACCUGGUGGUGGGCGCUGAGGCGAAGCUGAAUAAAUCUGCUGUCCUGCGCAAGGCCAUUGACUACAUUCGCUUUCUACAGCAGAGCAACCAGAAACUCAAGCAGGAAAACUUGAGUCUGCGCGCUGCUGCGCAUAAAAGCAAACCUCUGAGGGGCCUGGUGUCAGCCUGUGGCGGUGGAGGAGACGCCGACGCGCCCAUGGAGGGCGUAAAGCCUGAGGUGGACACGCUGAGCCCACCGCCGUCAGACGCAGACGACUCCGAGCCCGACAGCCCUGUCUUCGAGGACAGCCAGGCGAAGCCGGAGCCGCCGCCGCCCGCCCACAGCCCUGGCCUGCUGGACCGUUCCCGCCUGGCCCUGUGUGUGCUCCUCUUCCUCUGUCUCUCCUGCAACCCUUUGGCCUCCCUGCUGGGCAGCUGGGCUCUCCCUGGCCCCUUGGAUGCCACCAGCACCCACCAGGGCUCUGGGCGCAGCGUGCUGGGCACUGAGGACAGAGAGGGCCCUGGCUGGGCGCCGCGACUGCUGCCCCCACUGGUCUGGCUGACUAACGGGCUGCUGGCACUGGGCUCCUUGGCGCUUCUCUUUGUCUAUGGAGAGCCAGUCACGCGGCCCCACUCGGGCCCCGCCGUGCACUUCUGGAGGCACCGCAAGCAGGCGGACCUGGACCUGGCCAGGGGGGACUGCGCCCAGGCCUCCCAGCAGCUGCAGCUGGCCCUCCGGGCGCUGGGCCGGCCCCUGCCCACCUGCCCCCUGGACCUGGGCAGUGACAGCCCGCCUCCUUCCCCACAGCGCCUCUUCCUGAGCAGUGCCCGCCAGGCCUGCCUGGCGCAGAGUGGCGCAGUGCCCAUUGCCCUGCAGUGGCUCUGCCACCCUGUGGGCCACCGUUUCUUCGUGAAUGGGGACUGGGCCGUGGGCAGCCCCCCGAGGGAGAGCCUGUACAGCUCGGCCGGGAACCCAGUGGACCCCUUGGCCCAGGUGACCCAGCUGUUUCGAGAACACCUCUUGGAGCGAGCACUGAGUUGUGUGGCCCAGCCCAGCCCCAGCCCUGCAUCAACUGAUGGGGACAGGGAGUUCUCGGAUGCCCUGGGGUACCUCCAGCUGCUGCACAGCUGCUCUGAUGCGGCCGGGGCCCCGGCGAGCCACCUCUGUCACCUCCAGGCCCCUCGGCCCAGCUCCAGGGUGCAGCUGUGCGGGUAG